AUCGCGUGGCUUUUCUGUUGUCGAGUGUUGGUCCUGGCAGGAAGUAAACCAUCUGAUUGCACGAUUGAAUGGCGACAAAGACAGCCCUUUCGUUCAGAAGAUUCUGUUCAUAGAACAUUUUAACGUGAAAUUAAUGAUGUUGUGAAAGAAAGGUUGAAUAAUGGCAUGUCCGCCAUGAAGGAAGGAAAUGAAUGUAUAAAUGGUGAAAUAAAUGGCUUGAAAAAUGAUGUUAAUAAGACCAAAACUCUUAAUUUAUCAGAAAUUAAAAAUGGUGAUAUUCAGGAAAAGCUGAAUGCUGUUAAGACAAAACAAACUGAAUCCUCAGAAAGAAUUCCAAAUGAUAAGUCUGAUGGUGAUUUACAUACUGUGUUAAAUGGUAAAAUUCCUAAUUCAUCAAGGGAAACAACUCCCUCGGACAAUUCAAGAGACGCGACACCUAUUUUAAAAACUUCUAGAAACAGUUCAAGAAAUAGUACACCAGUAGGUGAUACAAGGUGUAAUACACCAACAAAUACAAGUAAUAUGGACAAUAAAGAAGAGAAUGCCAAGGACACAAGUGUUUCUGUUAAACCUAUAACAAAAAUGCCUAAAGCUCGCAAAUCAGCACUCCCAAUUUCAAAACAAUCACAGGACAUUGUUGCUAAAAACAUAGGACUGCCCCCAUCAAACUUAACAGUUAAGCUUCCUGAUUUUGAUAGUCCUAUCAAGUUGAAUUCUAGUAUGCUUGAAGAGUUAAGCAACUUGGGACGAAGCAAUAAAUCUAAAUCUCUUGGAGGACAGAGAACAAGAGCAUCAAUGGGUGGAUCGUUGAAUCCACCAAAAAUAAUGCGUCAAAGAGCUACAAUGGGGAGUUCCAUGGGGAAAAGUGCUAAACCUCCCAGUAAAAUGCCAAAAUUAUUUCCUAGUGUGGAAAAAGAGCCAACAAAUUCAGAAAUAUCUGUAAAAGAAGAAUCAAAUGUGAAUAAUUCAUCUGAUCUGCCUAAAACUGAAGGAUCAAAAAUGCUCAAAAUAAGAUCUCAUAAGCGUAAGAAACGUAUGGGAACAUAUAAAUUACCUCUUGAAAAGAAAAAGAAUAAAACUGUAAAAAAGAAGGAAAAAUUGGAUGGGGAAGAUGAAGAAAUUGAAGAACACAUAAUAUCUGUGAAAGAGGAAAAACAGGAUGAUAGUUUUAUAACAACAGACAAUACAGACUGUUCAAUGGACAAUGAAAGUUUAGAAAAUAGUUUAUUACGGACUCCCAAAGAUUCAGGAAAGACUAUUGCUCAUAGGACUAAAAAUACCUUAGGUAGUACACGCCAGGGUAGGACCCCACCUAGUGCAAAGACUCCACCAAGUUCAAAAAAAUUACAUGAACAUAAAGGAAAGCCUAUAACAGAAUAUUUUUCAGUUAAAUCUCCAAACUCUAGUCAAACUAAUGGGAGAACCAGUGAAGAUUCAGAAAGUCUAGAAAGUAAUGCUGGAGUCCGAAAAAGAAAGAAAGAAGAUGAGGAUGAUCAUAUAGAAAGUAAUAGCACAAAGUUAGAUCCAAAUUGCACAACAGGUAAAAAGAAACGGAUAGAAGAACCAAAGACUUCCCCUACAGCAGCAGUUACUAAAUCCACAUCAAUGCCAACGCCCACAAGUAUGAGAUCAAUACUGCCCAAAUCUAUCAAGCCUCUUGUUGCAUUCCCUCAAUCACAAGGCAGUACACCCGUUUUAUUGACAAUGUCAAAUCCAAACACAUCACAAUCGAAUUUGUUAGGAAAUCAACAACAGGUCAUUUUAUUAUCACCAAACAUUUCACAGCCAUUGGUUACUGUGUCUCAACCGCUCAUUGCAUCUACAUUUCCACUGAUUUCCAAUCCUAUGAACUCUGUAGGACUACCUCCAUUGGAUCCUCAGCCAGGUCCAGAUAGUUUUGCCUCUUCAGCUUCUGACCAGGCACCAGUUUUACACAAGGUUAUUCCACAGGAUAUGGAAGGUGUUAAUGAUACUGAAGCCUCAAAAGAUUCCCUAUCAGUUUCAAGUGAAACCAGCUAUCCUGUUACACCACCCAAAACUCCUGAUGACCAACUGAGUGAAGAUUCUUCAAUAUCUGCUCCAUCAGGACCAACCCCUCCAGACAAAGAUGUAAUACCUUUGUGUUGUUGCAAAAUAAAUGGUGCUAGCUUCAAAAAGCUUGGUUCAACUGUGACAUAUUGCCAAGCUUUAGAUUCAAUGGAUGGCAAGGUGAUGGGUUGCUGUAAUAAAGUGACAAACUACCAGUUAAUACGACCCGGUGUCAAAAUUCCGUUCAUGGCAAUAUGUGAACCUCAUAGAAAAAGGCUGAGGUUUCAUGCUUGUUGUCCUGGCUGUGGUCAUUUCUGUACACAGGGGAAGUUUUACCAAUGUAGAAAAGAAGGUGCCCAGUCAGUACAUUAUUUUCAUCAUCAGUGCCAGGUGGUACGGACUGGUAAAUAUUUCUGUCCUCACUGUGGGGAAGAAUCUCAUCAGGUUGAAGUCAGCAUUGAGUUGGAAGAGCCAAGAGUUGUGUCCAUGGUUGAAGAUAAAUCUGCAAAAGCAUCAAGCAGAGAAAGGGCCAGAAUGGGUCUAGGAUCAAAGUUUGCUGCUGCAUCAGAUAAAGAUGAUGAGGAAUCGGCGACAGCCAGUUUUAAAUUGUCUGGGUCAGAUAAAUUUAUAUCAACUGGUGGUAUAUCAAUGGGACCAGAAAAAACUUUAUUGGAAAGAGUGCUCAAAAGUAUGACGCAAGAAAGACCUAAAAAAUAUAGAAAUAUGUCUAAAUAUCUGUAUAAUGCUGCAUAUGAAGCUGACAUAGAAAAAGUUAUGUAUAUGCUGGAGGAUGGACAAAAUCCAGAUGAUGUGUAUGAGGAAUAUGAAAAUCAGACAGGAUUACAUGCUGCAGCCAUAUCAGGGAGCUUAAUUAUACUGCAUAUACUUGUACAGGCUGGAGCUUCAAUUAAUGUUACAGAUCAGUUCCUGAAAACUCCAUUAAUGUAUGCAGCAGAAAAUAAUCAUGAAUCUUUGGUGAAAUACUUACUGAAAAUUAAAGCAGAUGUGAAUGCUAGGGCUGAUGAUGGUAUGACUGUGAUACAUUAUGCUGCAAAGGCUGGACACAAUAAUGUGAUAAAAAUCCUGCUGGAUACAGGUGAAAUAGAUAUUAAUAUACAGGAUGAUGGUGGCUGGACUCCCAUUAUCUGGGCAUCAGAACAUAAGUUAGUUUCUACAGUUAAAUUUCUUCUCAACCAAGGAGCUCAGUCCACACUAAAAGAUAAAGAAGAAAACACUAGUUUACAUUGGGCAGCAUAUUCCGGCAGUGUAGAUAUUUGUGAAAUGUUUUUAAAUGGUGGCUGUAUGUUAGAUGCUCCAAAUGAACAUGGAGAUAGACCAUUACAUAUUGCAGCAAGACAGAAUCACUAUGAAUGUGUUGUGUUAUUUUUAGCAAGAGGUGCUGAUGUUGAGUUGAGAAAUAGUGAAAAUGAUAGUCCAAUACAGUGUUGUUUAGAUGAGGACAGUCAAGUUUGUCUUGCUCUAAAAGUCAAUAAACAAUUGAAAGGCUUUGCUGCUAGUCGUACUGGAAGAACAGAAAAGUUAAUACACAGGGAUGUGUCUAUGGGUAGAGAGAACAUUCCAAUUCCUGUAUACAAUGGUACGGAUGAUGAACCUUUACCUACAGACUAUCAGUAUGUCACUGCCAAUGUAGAAACAGCUGAUCUUCAUAUAAACAGGACUAUAAGUAGUCUCCAGAGUUGUCGUUGUUCAGAUGAUUGUUCCUCUAUGUAUUGCGUGUGUGGUAGAAACAGUAUCAGAUGUUGGUAUGACAAGACAUAUCAUUUAGUGCCAGAAUUUAACAUGUCAGAGCCUCCAUUGAUAUUUGAAUGUAAUGUUGGAUGCAGAUGCUGGAGUACUUGUAAUAACCGAGUGGUUCAGAAUGGAAUUUCAUGUCGAAUGAAAUUAAUAAGAACAAAUGGUCGGGGCUGGGGAGUUAUUACUUUGUUAGAUAUACCUAAAGGAUCUUUUAUUUGCGAGUAUAUUGGAGAAUUAUUAUCGGAUUCUGAGGCAGACAGUAGAGAAGAUGACUCCUACUUAUUUGACCUGGACAACAGAGAUGGUGAUACCUACUGUAUUGAUGCACGUAGAUAUGGUAACAUAAGUAGAUUUAUUAACCAUCUUUGUGAACCAAACAUCAUUCCAGUUAAAGUAUUUGUGGACCAUCAAGAUCUGAGAUUCCCUAGAAUCUGUUUCUUCUCAUCAAGGGAUAUCAAAGCCAAUGAGGAAUUAGGGUUUGACUAUGGUGAGAAGUUUUGGAUGAUAAAAUGGAAACAAUUCACAUGUGCCUGUGGCGGUGUUAAAUGUAAAUACAACUCAGAAACUAUUCACAAAACAAUUGAGGAGUAUAAACAAAGACAUGAAGAAGAAAAUAUAGAUUAGAUUUAAAACUGUUUAUAAUACAUGAUAAUGUCAAUGUACAAAGGUGAUUUUUGUAGAUGGGUGAAUGAAAUUCUUUGAUAAUGAUGCAAUAAAAAUCUCUUAUAAGAGCCAUAAACUGUUAUAAAUCAUGAUAAAUUCUGUGUGGGAUUAAAAAUCUCUCACAAAUAAUUUCCUAAUCCAAACUUAUCUGGAUUGUUUGAAAGAUGUCUUAAGUCUUUAAAAUUGAUAUAUUUGUAAUCCUUGUAGAUAUUUAAUAUCCUUAGUGCCAUUUAAAGUGACUGCCACCAUCAUUUAUAGAAAAAGAAAAAACACUCACUUGGGACAAAGUAUACGCAAAUGGGCAGCAUUUCAGAAUUGUACAAAACUUUGUAUGCAUUUAUGUCUUUGUUUUGAUAAGAAAUUUCACAGAAUUAACACUGACUUAACUGAUCUUGCAUAGAUUUUCAUGUGAGAUCAAUUAAUUUCUUUUUAUAUAUUUCUCUAUUAGAAAGUUUUGAUUCCUGAACUACUACUUUUGAAUUCAGUUUUCUAGAACUGGUUUAAACCAAAUAAAAUUAAAAUUAACCUUUUUCAAAAAUGAAUGAUUUAUGAUAAUGAAUGGAGUAUAUGAUUUUAUAGAUUUUUACAAAUAUUCCUAUGCCAAAAUAUGGUUAAGUAUGUGUUUUUGUGGGUUUGCUUUACACAAGAUAUGAUAAGCAGGACAAGGACAGUAAUAUUUUUUUCUUUUAUUCCAAAUAAUCUUAUUAUCUCAGUUAUCUGCUUCUGCAAGUCUUUAUUUUUUUUAAAUUGUUAGUGAGUACACCUUUUUUCACUAUUUUACAUGAAUAUCAUUUUGACAUCAGUUUAUGCCUUUUAUGUGUAGUGUAUUUUGAAGAAUGUUUUUUAUUUUGUUAUAAAAGAGUGCUUUUUAAUGAAAUGUAUUCAUGAAUUAACUUAUGUUGUUUUCAUAUGUAGAUGUGUAUGCACAUUUGUAUUUAUCAUAGAAUGUAUUGCAGACAGUAAAUCUAUCUAAAAUUUUCUAAGAAAGUAUUGAAAUUUUUGUUAUUUUAAUGAAAGUAAUCACUUCAUCAAAUAAUUUGUAUAGAAUGGAGUAUUACACUUGACAUAUAUUUGAUUCUUUGUCCACCACCAUUAACAACAUUAUUAUAUCCUACUUUAAAUAUACCUGCUUUGUGAAAAAUUAACUUGCUUCUGUACAUAUGCUUAUUUAGUUGUUUCUCUUUCACCUGCUGUCUGUUUUUUUUCCUUUCAUUCCAUUCCUCACCCAAGUUAACAACUAUUUUAUGUGGGCUUCUUAUCAGAAAAAAUUGACUUCAGGUUAUUGAACCAUGACAUUUAACCUUCCUAAAUGCCAUUGCUGUCAGCUUGCUCUUUCUUAUGAGUAAUUCUGUUCCUGACAGGUCAUUAGUAUAUGGUUUUGAGUGGUUGUUAUGAGCAUGUCAUGUAAUAUGGCCUUGACCUUUUAUUACAGUCCAAUGGUUUUGAUUUGGUCUUACUUGGUAACUAGGCAUGACAGAUUAAACUAGUACAAAGGGUGUUUGGUUCUUUUUUUAAGAGUAGGCAUCUGCAUAUCUGUCAUUUUAAUUGACCUCAUUUUCACAAUCCAAUUUAGGGUCACAGGUAUUUCUCUGAAAUUGUUCAUACAGGUCAACAGUAUUAAGUACUUAGUAAAUGAAAUUGCUAUUAAUAUAUAUACAUCUGACAGAUAUAUAUGUUGUUGGCCAUUUUUUUAGCUCCUUCAUCAGAUAUUUUUGUUGGUUAGUUGCUUUCCUUCAUAUACAUGAAAGAGAUUCAGUAUUUGGCACAUGAGUAUUAUAAAUAAUGAACAUGAAUGUCAAACAAGUAUUAUUGAAUUUUAUUUUGAAAAUGUAUACAAGUAAUGCUGAAGGCAAGACAUUUCAUUGUGAACUCUUGUUUAAUUUUGCAGUUUUAAAUUUCGCUAGGUACAAAUAAAUUGGUUUCUGUAUAAAAAGGUAUAUUAAAUUUUCUAUAUUCUCUGUAAAACAUGAAAAUUAAUCCGAUUUGGCAUCAGAAAAGGAAUAAUAUUUCAAGGUUUCUUACUUUUUGACUGUCAUAUUUAUAUUAAAUGUGUAGACUCCAGACACCAAAUUUGCAUAUACUGUUGAAAAAGCUGAUAUAAUAUUCCAGCUGCUUUUGUUGACAUUUGUAAUUUGAAAUUUUGCUGUCAUUUGCAUAGACUAAUAUAUUUCAUUCAUGUGAAAAUGUAGGGGUUACAAUGACUGAUCAGACUUUUAUAAAUUUAUUGUCACAAAAAUAAUGUGUAAUGUCAGAAUAUAAUGCCCACAAACAUUUAUAAUUUUGGAAAACUAAUAAUCUGUCCUGACACUUGUAUAUGGGAAAGGUUAACAACAUAAUUAGUAGUUUAAAACUUUACACAUAAAGUAUUUUAUUUAAAAUAGCAAGUUUUAUGUAUUUAUAUUAGUUAAAAGUAAAUAUACUCUUCAUUUUAAUAACAUUUUAUUUAUAAUAAAAACUCACUAUUGAGGAUAAAAUUAUUCACUAAUUGAUUAAACUGUAAUAAAAUCUACAUUUUCUAAUAAAGGAUUUGAUCCAAGUGAUAUAUGAUUCUUCAUUGCUUGCAAACUCUUGAUAGUUGCAUGAAGGUUUUACAUGGCAAAAGUUUUUUAUCAUGAUUUUUUGUACAUAAGAAAUAAUCAUUUUAAUCUAAUUAAAGAAUAAAAUAGAUAUCAAUCUAUCUUGAAUUGCAUUUGUAUUUUAAUUUAAUAUCCAUAUUGUAGCAUUAUAGACAAUAAAAUUUAAGACAAA